UUACUCGCUUAUACGAGUAGUUCAUUUCCUACUUUCAAACAUUUUCUCGAGAAAAUCUUUCUGUGUCUAUUUUCCUUAUCGAAAUCGAUUUCUCUUUUUCCUUCCAAGUCUCUGGUGAUUUUUUUAUUUAGGAAAACAAGAGGAUGUGUGGCGGUGCUAUCAUCUCCGACCUCAUUCCGGCGAGCCGCUCCCGCCGGGUCACUGCCGAGUAUCUCUGGUCCUCCGAUCUCAAGAAGAACCCUAGCAGUCACUUCUCCAAACCCUUGCGAUCUAUGAUCAAUGAUGACUUUGAGGCUGAUUAUGAGCAUUUCAAGGAGUACUCUGAUGAUGAGGGGGAAGAUGUCAAGCCGUUUGCUGUCUCUUCUUCGAAGUCUGGGAUUUAUCAUGAUUCUAAAUCUAUCAAGUCAGAGGAGGUCCAUGGAAAUGUUGAAAAAUCUGCAAAGAGAAAGAGGAAGAAUCAGUACAGAGGGAUCCGGCAACGCCCAUGGGGUAAAUGGGCUGCUGAGAUCCGUGACCCAAGGAAAGGAGUUCGGGUUUGGCUCGGAACUUUUGACACUGCCGAAGAAGCUGCAAGAGCUUAUGAUGCUGAAGCACGCAGGAUUCGUGGCAAGAAAGCAAAGGUGAAUUUCCCUGAUGAAGCCCCAGCAACUGCUCCGAUGAACACCAUCGGGGCAAACACUCAGAAACCACUUCCCACAGAAAGCCCAAACUUGGAUCAGCUCAGUCUGAACCAAGAUUUUAGUUUCAUGAACAACACAGAUCUUGAUCACUACAGCACCGUGGGUUUUGUGGAAGAGAAACCACUAAGUAAGCAGUAUGAGUUUGCAGAUACCUAUACUGCUGCUGGAGAGGUUGGACUAAAAUCAUUUGUACCAUCAGAUGGUUCAACCCUCUAUUUCAAUUCAGAUCAGGGAAGUAACUCUUUUGAUUGUUCCGACUUUGGAUGGGGAGAACAUAAUGCAAUGACCCCCGAAAUAUCAUCUUUUCUAGCAGCGACUAUAGAAUGUGAUGAAGCUCAAUUUGUGGAAGAUGCUAACCCUAUGAAGAAGCUGAAGGCCAACACUGAGGAUGUGGUACCCGUUGAAGAUUGUAGUUUGAAGAAUUUGUCUGAAGAACUCUCUGCUUUUGAGCCCCAGAUGAAUUUAUUUCAGAUGCCAUAUCUUGAGGGGAACUGGGAUGCUUCAGUGGAUACGUUCCUCAGUGGAGAUGCAACUCAGGAUGGCGGAAAUCCAGUGGAUUUUUGGAACUUCGAUGACCUUUCUACUAUCAUGGGGGGAGCUUACUGAGCAAACUUUGCUCCCUCUUACUGGUUUUCUGUAAAUAAGGCUACAUUGUCUGCUGUUGGUGGAGAUUGAGUAAAUCAUGCUUACGCCGAGAAUGGAGGUGUUAUCUACUUGCUUUUGGUAUAUGGGAGUGCAUGCAUAGAUCAUUAGGUUUGUUAUAUUUUCUAGACCUUGAAUUUAGAAUGUCGAGUAUGAUGUCUCUAUGGAUAACAUUUGAUGAACUUGAAGCUUAAUAUUUUAUCAGUUUAGUUGUUUGCUUAAAA